CGUGAGAUCACUCCAGUGAGUCUGCUGGGUUUUUCUCCCCCCGUCCCUUCUCUCCCCCCACCCUCCAUCCAUCUCUGUCUCUCUGUGUGUUUGUGUGCACAGGGGUGGAUAUCUCCCCCUCCUUUUCUGUUCUCACAUGCAUACACACAUAUACACAGAGAAGCUCUGCUAAGGUGAACUUGGAGACUUGCAAUGCUCACAUGCGUGUGGUACCCUGGGAUGCGUUUGGAGCCAUAUGCCUGCAGGGUUGCUUAGUCGUUCAAAAUUGUCUUUGGGAAAAGAAAGGGGGGGAAAGAGCAAGUUUAUUCCUUCUCUGUCUGACACACACACACACACACACACACACACGUCUUCUGCUGUUUUCUCUCGGUGUUUUUUUUUGGGUGCUGUGGAUAUUACUACGAAGUCUGAAGGAUUCAGUCAUUUGGACCUCGCUGAAUCAGGGUCCAUCUGCCAAUGUUUCUUUCUAUAAAUAUAUUUUGCAUAACUGGUGAUCGACUGAGGAUUUUUAAAAAUAUCAUUAUAUUUUCAUUUGAAGAAUAAGGGGGGGGCAAGGAUGCAUGGCAUAGAAAGAAGAACUAAGUACCUUCCGGAGAUUAUAUUUCCAAACCAGGGAUAAAUGUGAUUCAUCAAAGGCCUUCUUCAGAAUUAGAUUUGGAAGAAUUUAUGAACGUAAACACUGUGAAAACCACGCACCAUGUCCAUUGUGCUAACUUGGCCCCAUUGUGUGAUUUACCAUGGAAAAACUGCUCUGUGGCAUCCUGGUGUUUGGAGUGGCUGUUGUGGUCAACGCUUGUCCGAAAUAUUGUGUCUGCCAGAACCUGUCUGAGUCACUGGGGACUCUUUGCCCUUCCAAGGGCCUCCUUUUUGUACCACCAGACAUAGACAGGAGGACUGUUGAACUCCGUCUUGGGGGCAACUUCAUUAUCAACAUCAGUAGACAGGACUUUGCCAACAUGACGGGCCUUGUUGACCUUACAUUAUCUAGGAAUACCAUCAGUUACAUACAGCCCUAUUCUUUUGCUGACCUAGAGAGCCUACGGUCCUUGCAUUUGGAUAGUAACAGGCUGCCUGACAUUGGGGAGGAUAUUUUGAGAGGCCUGAUUAAUCUUCAGCACUUGAUUAUAAACAACAACCAGCUGAGCUUCAUUUCAGAUGAAGCCUUUGAAGACUUCUUGUUCACCUUGGAAGAUCUGGAUCUUUCUUACAAUAACCUCAGAAGCAUCCCUUGGGAAUCCAUAAGGAAGAUGGUAAACUUGCACCAGAUUAGUUUAGACCAUAAUUUGAUAGAUUAUAUUACAGAGGGUACCUUUGCAGAUCUUCAGAAACUGGCUAGGUUGGAUCUAACCUCCAACAGACUUCAGAAGCUGCCUCCUGAUCCCAUAUUUGCCAGAUCCCAAACAGCUCCAUUAACCUCAACUCCGUUCUCCACACCUUUAUCUCUGAGCUUUGGUGGAAACCCUUUGCAUUGCAACUGUGAACUGAUGUGGCUGCGGCGUCUUGACAGAGAUGAUGAUAUGGAAACUUGUGCUUCUCCCCCGGGACUAAAAGGGAGGUACUUUUGGUAUGUCCGGGAAGAGGAGUUCAUUUGUGAGCCUCCUUUGAUCACACAGCACACUCACAAAUUGUUGGUUUUAGAAGGACAAACAGCCACCUUGAAGUGCAAAGCAAUUGGAGAUCCAUCUCCAGUUAUUCACUGGGUGGCACCAGAUGAUCGACUUAUUGGGAAUUCUUCAAGGACAGCUGUUUAUGACAAUGGCACCUUGGAAAUCCUGAUCACAACAUCGAAGGAUUAUGGGACAUUCACGUGCAUAGCGGCAAAUGCUGCUGGAGAGUCUACUGCAACAAUUGAGCUGUCAAUUGUCCAGCUUCCCCAUCUCAGCAAUGGAACAGGCCGGGCUGCCCCACCAAAAUCAAGGCUUUCUGACAUCACCAGCUCCAGCAAGUCAAAUCGAGGGGAAACCAAGGGGCCACCUGAAAGGGCUGUGUUGGUCUCUGAGGUUACAACUACCUCAGCUUUGGUCAAAUGGACAGUAAGCAAGUCAGCUCCAAGAGUUAAAAUGUACCAGCUACAGUAUAACUGCUCUGAUGAUGAGGUUCUAAUUUACAGGAUGAUCCCUGCUACAAACAAGGCUUUUGUGGUGAACAACCUGGUGUCUGGGACAGGCUAUGAUCUUUGCGUUCUGGCCAUGUGGGACGACACCGCCACGACGCUCACCGCUACCAACAUUGUGGGCUGCGCCCAGUUCUACACCAAAGAGGACUAUCCCCAGUGCCAGUCCAUGCACAGCCAGUUCCUGGGGGGGACAAUGAUCCUGAUCAUCGGAGGCAUCAUCGUGGCAACUCUGUUGGUGUUCAUCGUGGUACUCAUGGUCCGGUACAAGGUUUGCAACAAUGCCCCGGGGAAGAUGGCUAACGUUAGCAAUGUCUAUUCACAAACUAAUGGAUCCCAGCCUGUUCAGAACGGGGUCCUGCCCCAAGUCAACCCCAAAGUGGUGGUAAGGAACGAGCUCAUGGAGUUUAACUGUGAGUCUGCACACAGCAGCAUCUCCUCUUCUUCUAGCUCUGUGAAUAGUCGCGACUGCGAUGGCUACAGCCUCCAAAGUGAGCAGGGCACAUUGUCCAGUAAGUGGAGGCCCCCAUCGAGGUCAAAGCACAACAACAUUGAUCGGCUCAUGGGAGCCUUUGCCUCUCUGGAACUGAAGUGUCAGAAAAAGGAGGACACAAUAGACUCCAGAACUUCAACAGUGGCCCAUCACUCAGACAAGGAGCCACUGCUGGGCCAACAUGAGUCCAAAUUCCGUAGCCUCCUCAUGUUGCCACUGGAGGGUAAAACUAAGCGUAGCCAUUCUUUUGACAUGGGAGACUUUUCCACCUCUCAGUGUUGCAACUACCCCAAAAAGAUCACAAACAUUUGGACAAAACGCAGUCUGUCAGUGAACGGCAUGCUUUUGCAGUAUGACGACAGUGACCUGACAGGGGCGAGGGGAACUUAUGGGAGCUCGGAGUGGGUGAUGGAAAGCACAGUGUAAAUAAGAGUGGCCCUCCGUUCCAUUCUGAAUCCCUCCAAGCAUAACAGAAGUCCAUGAUUGUUAAAAAGGCCAUAAACGUGAUGGGAGAAACACACAACACAUGUGCGCGCACACAGCCGUAUUAUCGGUCAGAUAAUCAAGUUGGAUAAGAGAGGUUAUGAAAUGUUAAUAGGUGUGUGUGAGAGAGAGAGAGAGUGAGGGUGAGAGAAGCUGAUGAAAUGUAUCCAACACAUUCAUUAUGUUUGUGUGAAUGUCUCAAGGAAAUCACGGGUGCAUUCCUGGUGAACUGUCAAAAAAGCUUAAAUGAGGAUUAAAAACAGGUUAAGCGGCAUAUGUUUCAUUCAGAGAGGAAUUCCUUCCCUCUUCUUUUUUCUAAAAAGGAGACUCCCAUGGAUAUAAAGAUGACCUGAGGAUAAGCCCAGCUGCCACUAUGGUUGUCCAAGGACCUUCAUCAAGACAGCAUCUGGAGAAAAAGAGCAUGCGUGCAAACCAUCUUCUCGGCUUAAUCUCAUAAUGGAAUCAGCAACACGUGGAAAUUUUCUUGCCAUGGUUUGGCUGAGGAUUUUUUUUUAUCUCUUUCCUCCCAGAAAUAAUAAAAAGGUCUCUGCUGUUUA